GUGAUGAGGUGAUGAAGUGAUGAGGUGAUGAGGUGAUGAAGUGAGCGAGUUCUUCCUCAGAGCGCGGUCGUCAGUGGCUCAUCUGUGAAGGCUUCCAGUUCAUCCUGAUGAACCAGGCCGACGCCCUCGUCACGCUGGGAGUCAGUCCCGGGUUCAAGGACCAGGUUCUGUGUCAGCUGUGGAGGAUCUACCUGCAGAAGAGCCGGCAGGCGUACGUCAGCAACCCGACGAGGACGAGCCGGUUCAGAGUGAGAGGUCCUGACUCGGACUCGGCCGAGGCGUCCGUCAUGACGGCCAGUGAGACGGACGGAGACACGAACCCCCCGAGCACCGCCGGCUCACACGCAGGGAGCUCCAGUGAUUGGUCGAUGUGUUCGGGCUCUUUGGACGCCGCCAGCUACCUGACGGGUCGGUUGAGGAGGAGUCGACACAGUCUGAUGAGCAUGAAGAAGACUUUGGCUCUGAUCCACCUGGCUCUGGUCUGGACCCGCCAACCACUGACGCUCAGCGACCUGCUCAGGUAACAACACACACACACAC